AUGAUCUUCAAAGCUAUCGCUCUAUUCACAGUUCUUUUGGUUGUUGCAUCUUCAGCAUCUUCUUCUGCUUGGGAUUCUUCUGACAGCUCAAUCUUAGAUGAAAGCACUCCAAAUGGAAGGUUCGCCAGAGACCUAACCGAUUUAAAUCAAAGAUUGAAAUUCGCCUUUGCCUUCGCUAAAAGAAGUGCUGACAAAAUAGACAAGCCAAGCUUUGCUUUCGCCAAACGGUCAUCUGCCGAACAAGAAAACAGUCGGUUUGCCCGAUUUGCUAAAUUCGCAGAUAUGAACAAUCUUGUAUAA